CACGAACACCUUUCCUCCACCGUCAACGAUGACCACGACCGUAUCCCCCUUUGCGCGCAGCAGCGCUUUCGAUGACACCUUUGGCGGGCGCGGACAGACUAUCGAGGAGAUGUACUCCGUGCCUGAGAGUUUUCUGGAGAUUGAAGUGCGCAACCCGCAGACGCAUGGUUUCGGGCGCAAGAUGUAUACCGACUAUGAGAUUGUGUGCAAGACCAACAUCCCCGCAUUCAAGCUUCGACAUUCUCUCGUGCGCAGGCGCUAUUCCGACUUUGAAGCCUUCCGUGACAUCCUCGAGCGCGAGAGCACGCGAGUCAACAUCCCUCCCCUACCCGGCAAGGUCUUCACGAACCGCUUCUCGGACGAAGUCAUCGAGCAGCGACGUGAAGGUCUUGAGCGCUUUUUGAGCAUCGUUGCGGGGCACCCUUUGCUGCAGACAGGGAGCAAGGUGCUCUGCGCGUUCUUGCAAGACCCGGCAUGGGACAAGGCGCAGUGGAUAUAGGCUCGUAGCUACCUUGUCGGGACUGACACUCAUACGCCCGGCCCCUCUCGCUCUACCUGUUGUCACCUCACCCUCCAUUGUUAUCUUGCAUUGUAUUCCACAUUACGCUUGUAUGGAUCCUUUUCUUUAUUCAUCUCGUUUCUUACCAA